UCAGAGUGAAAUGAAAGAAACUCCUGCAGAGCUAAGCCAUUCUGUGGUAGAAACUCCCAAGCAGUGGCUCAUGGGUGAUGGAUCCUAUCACUUUACUUGGAGAAAAAUCUGUGCAGCACAUGAGAGAAUCCAGCUUACAGAGAGACAUUGUGAAUGUACCGAAUGUGGAAAAAGUUUUACAAAAAAGGAAAAUCUUAUUGUACAAUCGAGAAUCCACAUGGGACAGACACCUUAUGAAUGUAACCAGGGUGGAAAGGCUUUUACAAAUAGAGCAUUUCUUAGUUUACAUCAGAGAGUCCACACUGGAGAGGAGCCUUGUGAAUGUAACCACUGUGGAAAGGCUUUUAGAAGCAAAGGAGGUCUCACUGGUCAUCAGAGAAUCCACACAGGAGAGAAACCUUGCGAAUGUAAUCAGUGUGGAAAAAGAUUUAGACAAAAAGGAGAUCUUAUUAGACAUCAGAGAAGCCAUACUGGAGAGAAACCUUAUGAAUGUAACCAGUGUGGAAAGGAUUUUACAGAAAACAGAGCUCUUAUUAGACAUCAAAGAAUCCACACUGGAGAGAAACCUUAUGAAUGUAACCAGUGUGGAAAGGCUUUUAGAAGUAAAGAAGGUCUCACUGGUCAUCAGAGAAUCCACACAGGAGAGAAACCUUGUCAAUGUAACCAAUGUGGAAAAAGAUUUAGACAAAAGGGUGAUCUUAUUAGACAUCAGAGAAUCCAUACUGGAGAGAAACCUUAUGAAUGUAACCAAUGUGGAAACUCAUUUAGAAGCAAGGGACAUCUUACUAGACAUCAGAUAAUGCACACUGGAGAGAAACCUUAUGAAUGUAACCAGUGUGGAAAAGGUUUUAGAAAAAAGGAAUCUCUUAUUUUACAUCAGAGAAUUCACACUGGAGAGAAACCUUAUGAAUGUAACCAGUGUGGAAAGGCUUUUAGAAGUAAGAAAGGUCUCAUUGAUCAUCAGAGAAUCCACACUGGAGAGAAACCUUUUGGAUGUAACCAAUGUGGAAAGGGCUUUAGAAGCAAGGGAGGUCUUAUUGGACAUCAGCUGAUGCACACUGGAGAGAAGCCUUAUGAAUGUAACCAGUGUGGAAAACGUUUUAUAAAAAACGGAGCUCUUAUUUUACAUCAGAGAAUCCACACUGGAGAGAAACCUUAUGAAUGUAACCAAUGUGGAAAGGGUUUUAGAAGAAAGGAAAGUCUUAUUGUACAUCAGAGAACCCACACUGGAGAGAAACCUUAUGAAUGUAACCAAUGUGGAAAGGGUUUUAGAAGCAAGGGUGGUCUUCUUGUACAUCAGAGAACUCACAUUGGAGAGAAGCCUUAGGAAUGUAAUCAAUGUAGAAAAGAUUCUUAAAAAAAAAAAAAAAAAGAAUCUCUUAUUUUAUAUCAGAGAAUUCAUACUGGAGAGAAGCCUUAUGAAUGUAACCAAUGUGGAAAGGCUUUUGGGGGAAACCUGGGACACUAAUGUAUUGUUGGUGGAAUUGUGAACGGAUCCAACCAUUCUGUCAAGUAACGUGGAACUAUGCCCAAAGGGUGAUCAAAAGCUGCAUAGCCUUUGAACUAGCAAUGUUGCUACUGGGCUUAUUUGCCAAAGAGAUCCUAAAGGAGGGAAAGGGACCCAGCAGUGCAGAAAUGUUUCUGCAGCCCUGUUUGUAGUGGCAAGAAACUGGAAACUGAGUGGAUGCCCAUCAGCUGGGAAAUACUGAAUAAGUUAUAGCACAUUAAUGUUGUGGAAUAUUAUUGUUGUAUAAGGAAUGAUCAGCAGGAUGAUUCCACAGAGGCUUGCAGCUACCUACAUGAACUGAUGCAAAGUGAAGUGAGCAGAACCAAGAUCAUCAUAUUUGCCAACAGGAAAAUUAUAUAAUGAUCAGUUCUGAUGGGCAUGGCUCUUGUCAACAGCGACAUGAUUCAGGCCAGUUCCAAUGGUUUUGUGAAGAAGAGAGCCAUCUAGACCAGAGAGAGGAUCGUGAGAACUCAGUGUGGAAUACAACACAGCAUUUUCAUUCCUUUUGUUGUUAGUGGUUUGCAUUAUUGUUUUUUCUCAUUUUUUCCCCUUUUGAUCUGAUUUUUUUUUGUUCAGCAAUAUAAUUGUAUAAAUAUGUAUGCAUACAUUGGAUUUAAGAUAUAUACUUUACAAUGUUUAAUAUAUAUUGGAUUACUUACCAUGUAGUUGAGGGGGUGGGGAGAGGGGGGCUUAAAAUGGAUAAGUAAGGUUUUGCAAGGGUCAUUGUUGAAAAAUCCAUGCAUAUGUUUUGAAAAUAAAAAACUAUACAUUUCCACUCUU